AUGGCAAUUUGUAGAGUAGUUGGAUAUCCAGAUCUUUUCCUAACAUUUACAUGUAAUCCUAAAUGGCCAGAACUGGAAGACUUUCUUAAAAAUAGAGAAUUAAAUGCAGAGGAUCGUCUAGACAUGGUGUGCAGAGCUUUUAAGCUUAAAUUAGAUCAUCUAAUAAAGGACAUAAGGACAAAUAAGAUAUUUGGAAGAGUGGUUGCAGUUGUAUACACAAUCGAAUUUCAAAAGCGUGGAUUGCCUCACGCACACAUUCUCAUAUUCCUGCACCGUGAUGACAAAUAUCCCACUAGAGAAGACAUAGAUCGAAUUAUCACUGCUGAGAUUCCAGACAAGCAAAGAGACCCGCUCUAUUAUGAAGCUGUUGAAAAACACAUGAUGCAUGGGCUAUGUGGGAGUGCUAAGAGAGAGUCUCCAUGCAUGGAGAAUGGCAAAUGUAUUCGUCAUUUUUCUAAAAGAUUUGUGGACAAUACAACAGUUGAUGAUGAUGGAUAUCCAAUUUAUAGACACAAAGAUGAUGGAAGGACAAUAAAAAAAUCUGGUGUUAAUUUGGACAGUCGUUAUGUGGUUCCACACAAUAGGACGCUAUUAUUAAAAUAUAGAGCCCACAUAAAUGUUGAAUGGUGCAACCAGUCUAGAUCAAUCAAGUAUUUAUUCAAGUAUGUUAAUAAAGGUCAUGAUCGUGUAACUGCCUCAUUUUAUAAGAGUGCCACAGCUGACACUAAAAGCGAUGAUUGUGAUGAAGUUAGCAUGUAUUACGAUUGUCGAUACAUAUCACCAUGUGAAGCAGUUUGGAGAAUCUUUGGGUAUAACAUGCACUAUAGAGACCCUUCUGUUAUAAGGUUGGGUUUUCACCUGCCCGACGAGCAACCGGUGGUUUUUAAAGACGAUGAAUGUUUAGACGAGGUUGCUAGGAAAGCAUCAGUUAAGGAGUCGAUGUUUUUAGGAUGGUUUGAAGCUAACAAAACUAACCCAGAAGCACGCUGCCUAACAUACGUGGAAUUCCCAUCAAAGUUUGUUUGGAAGCCAGAUACCAGGAAGUGGUUUCCGCGAAAAUCACAUUCAGUCAUAGGAAGGAUUUUCUUUGUUCCACCAGGAUCAGGGGAAAUUUAUUACCUAAGGCUACUCCUAAAUUUUGUAAAGGGUCCUACUUGCUAUGAAGACAUUAGAACUAUCGAUGGUAUCGUCUAUUCAUCAUUUAGAGAUGCAUCUUAUGCAAUGGGAUUGUUAGAUGAUGAUAAAGAAUACAUUGAUGCAAUCAAAGAAGCAAGCCACUGGGGUUCAGGAGAGUACUUAAGGAAGCUUUUUGUAAUACUUUUGUCAUCCAAUUCAAUGGAGAGACCAGAAAAUGUAUGA